AUGGUCAAACCGGAGCGCGGCGACCUCGACGGUCCGCAGUUCCGGGCCCUGGCCGACAUCAUGCGCAAGUACACCGGCGGCCGUGCCCGGGCAACGCAGGAACAGAACCUCGUGCUGCGGUUCAUUCACGAGAGUUCGCUUCACGCCGUAUGGGAAGCCCUGGACAGCAUUGGCCUCGCCGAACCGGACUCGCGGUCCAUCACCAACGUGGUCUCGUGCCCCGGCACCGACAGCUGCAAGCUGGGCAUCACCUCGUCCAUGGGCCUGGCGAAGGCGCUCCGGGAUGAGAUGGACGAAUGGAGCGGCGACCUGAUGGACGACCAGGGCGUGAAGGACAUCCGCAUCAAGAUGUCCGGCUGCCCCAACGGUUGCGGCCUGCACCACAUCGCAAACAUCGGCUUCCACGGCGCUGCACUCAAGGGCCCCGACGGUCAGCAGGUACCGGCCUACGAGCUGUUCCUGGGCGGCAACUACGGGGACAACCGGGUCGAGGAUUCCCGAGUCGGUACUCGCAUCCCGAGGGUGAAGGUCCCGGCGAAGGCGGCGCCCAGCGUCCUCAAGACCAUUGUUAGCUAUUACAAGGACAACCGCGCCGACAAGACGGAAAAGUUCAACCAGUUCCUCGACCGUGUGGGAUUGGAGCAGUUGACCGAGGUCGCCAUCGCCGCCGAGGAAUCGGCCAAGGAGGCGGCCCCCGGCUCCGACAUGUAUGUCGACUGGGAGCGAACCAACAUCUACAAGCUGGAGCGCGGCGAAGGCGAGUGCGCCGUUUAG